CUAUAUAGUAUUCAAUAUUCGUAUAUAUGUAUAAUAAGUAUAAUAUUUAUAUAUAUAGACUCUCUCACACACAAACACAGAGUCACGCAUUAUUAUUACUUGUGCACAACGAAUCUCUCUGAAACAGAGAGAAGAAGAACAAGCGUUUACCCAGAUCAACGCUCAAGAACAUGAGUUACUACAACCAGCAACAACCUCCCGUCGGUGUCCCUCCCCCUCAAGGUUACCCUCCAGAAGGGUACCCGAAGGACGCCUACCCUCCACCAGGGUACCCUCCGCAAGGGUACCCUCCCCAGGGCUACCCUCCUCAAGGGUACCCUCCACAGUACGCCCCUCAGUACGGUCAGCCUCCCCCUCAACAGCAACAACAACAGGGCAGCACUGGGUUCAUGGAAGGAUGUUUGGCUGCUCUAUGCUGUUGCUGCCUCCUUGACGCAUGCUUCUGAUGAGCAUCCUCUGAAGUGAGCAAGUUUGGUUGAUGAUGAUCCAAAAGGGCAAUGCAAAUAUUGAUUUCUCAGGAAGUAACACAUUGAAAGGGUUUCUUUCUGGAGUUUCAUUUUCUCAUUUUACCUUUCUUAAAUAAUUGAACAAUAUUUUACUUUGAAAUGUACCCUUUGACUUCUCUUCCUUUGUCAUUUUAGGUAUGUAAAUUUGUGAGUCUCUCUUUCUGUUCUAUGGAAAAUUGGAAAAUUAAGCAUUUGGUGGACAGCUUUUAUUGUCUUUUUAUAAUUUCAAAAUUGAUUGUGUGUUUUGUUGUUAA